AUGACGGCGGGGCCCUGCACGCAGCGACGGGGCCGCCCCACCACCUCCCUCCUGCUGGGCCCUCACGCCUCCCAUCCUGUCCUGCCCACACAAGCUUUGAGGCGGGGCUUCGUGGCAGGAACUGGACCUGGGGAGAUGGGGUUGGGCCUCCGGGGCCCUGGGCCUCAACGACCUGGCUACGCAGCGGGUUGGGCCUUGGGGGCCCUGGACCUUGACGGCGACCGUGCUGUGGACCACCUGGGCCGCGAGGUGGCUAGGAGCAAGUCUUUAAUCUCUGCAACUCCACGGAGCCACGGGUCCCAGCUCACCUCCCUUCCUAUUGGUUACACGCCCCUGAACGUUCAGAAAGUCUACACUUCUACCCGACCACGUCGGCUCCGCCGGCGCCGAGGAGGUGCGGAACGACAUCCGAAGGACAGUCCUGCUAAGGCAGGCCACACCCAGGGCCAACAAGAUGUGGACACUGCCCUGCCCCCUCGACGUACCAGGCCCCACAGGUCACAUGGAGAUCGGAGCCAGUCACAAGCAAAGGAUCCUGCCCUGGACCCAGAGCAGUGCCCACCCCCUGGCACAGCGGUCCAGGGCCAAGGGCCAAGACCCCAGGCAGCCCUGAGGCACCGCAGGAAGGCAGGAACCACGACUACUCACAGGAGCCCCCACCCAAGUGCUUCCAUGCCUGCAGCCCGCGGCCGCACCCAAUUUACCCAUCGUCGCGGACCCCCCACACGAGACCAGGUUGCCACCAAGAGAAGCAAGCGAUUGAAGGUGGCAGUAGUUCGGCGAGGCCGCCCCCAAGCGCCAGGUGAACACAAGCCAGACUGGGCGGGCAUCCACCACCGUCAAGGAAGGCCCCUGGCACCAGGCUGGGCCCAUGAGAGAUCAAUGGGCACUGGCCAAGAAGAGGGGCGCCUGCAUCAGCUGGGCCAGCUGGACCACAAUGCAGAGCUCCUGGAGGACACUGACACCACCAGGUCCCUGGCCAACCCCCUAGAGGAGAAGCAGCUGGAGGGGGAGAAGCAGCCCCCCAGCACUGGGCAGGGCCCCUUCUUCUACAUCGGGGGCACCAAUGGGGCCUCCAUAAUCAGCGCCUACUGCAAGAGCAAAGGCUGGCAGCGCAUUCAAGACAGUCGGCGGGAGGACUACAAGCUCAAAUGGUGUGAGGUCAAGUGCCGGGAUACCUACUGCAACUUCCGGGAAGGUGAACAGCUCCUCUACCAGCUCCCCAACAACAAGCUCCUCACCACCAAGAUCGGGCUGCUCAGUGCCCUGAGGGAGUACUCGAGGGUCGUGAACAAGAUCAAUAAGACUUCUCAGUCCUCUCAAGCCAAGAUCCUGAGAAUGGAAGAGUUUUUCCCAGAGACCUACCGCCUGGACAUCAGAGAAGAGCGAGAGGCCUUCUUCGCCCUGUUUGAUGAGACGAAGACCUGGAUUUGCAAGCCUACCGCCUCCAACCAGGGCAAGGGCAUCUUCCUGCUCAGGAACCGUGAUGACGUCGCUGCCCUCCAAGCCAAGACGCAGAGCAUUGAGGACGACCCCGUCUACCGCAAGAUGCCAUUCAGGGCGCCUCAGGCGCGGAUUGUGCAGAGGUAUAUCCAGAACCCGCUGCUGCUGGAUGGGAAGAAAUUCGAUGUGCGUUCGUACCUGCUUAUUGCCUGCGCCACGCCCUACAUGGUCUUCUUCGGCCAUGGUUACGCCCGCCUCACCCUCGGGCUCUAUGACCCCAACUCCAGUGACCUCAGUGGCCAUUUGACCAACCAGUUUAUGCAGAAGAAGAGUCCCCUCUACGUACUGCUCAAGGAGGACACGGUGUGGAGCAUGGACCACCUCAAUCGUUACAUCAAUGACAAGUUCAGGAAAACCAAGGGCCUUCCCAAAGACUGGGUCUUCACCACCUUCACGAAGCGGAUGCAGCAGAUCAUGGCCCACUGCUUCCUGGCUGUCAAAUCCAAGCUGGAGUGCAAGCUGGGCUUCUUUGAUCUCAUAGGCUGUGAUUUCCUGAUCGAUGAGAACUUCAAGGUGUGGCUGCUGGAAAUGAACUCCAACCCUGCUCUGCACACCAACUGUGAGGUCCUGAAAGAAGUGAUCCCUGGCGUGGUCAUGGAGACACUGGACCUGGCGCUGGAAACCUUCCAGAAGAGCUUGCGUGGCCAAAAGAUGCUGCCCCUACUGUCGCAGCGCCGCUUUGUGCUUCUGCAUAACGGUGAGACGGACCUGUGGCCGCGCUUGAGCGGCUCCCGCCUGGCCUGCCGCCCCCCACCCGUGCCGUCGGGACCCCGGCCCUCCUGCGAAACCGGCCCUUCGGCGCCGCAGUCCCAGACCCCGGCCCCGGACAGGCCGGGUGCGCGCAGGCCAGGGCCGCCCCGGGGUGCAGGCAGUGGGAGGCCCUCCACGGCCCAGCGGCGCUCUCGGCAGCCCCAGGAGGCUGAAAACCUUGCGCCCGGCCUCACCAGGCCCCCGCUUGACCUCUGGGACGCCGAGGCUCCGGGUGCAGGGCUGCAGCUAGCUACUGGCGAGGCCCUGGCGCCCGAGCCCUACCCGGGGCCAGCGGAGGACGAUCAUGAGGAGGCCAAGGAACGCAAAGCCGCAGGCCACCGGGGCUCCUAA